GCCGGCCUUGGUGGGAGUGUGGAGCAUUCGGUGUUUUAGUGCUUAGAAACAGCGUCUGGCUCGGGAGGUGUGAACCCCGGGUAACACAGGCAAGGUUUAGGUGUGGUGAGCAUCACAGACGUUUUCGUGCUCUCCUAGGCAUCCAGAAAGGUGGCAGAGAGACAGGGAUUUUUCUUGGCCUCGCUGGGAUUUGGGCUGACCGUGGGCAGUCAGUAGGAUGUGGCUGGAUGUGCCUGGUGUUUGUGGAUUGUCUGGUACUGAUGUUGGAGUUAAAAUUCAGAGUGUUUCCUACCACAGAUAAUCGUCAUAGAUACAAACUACUUACUAUUAAGUAUUCAUGUAUUUUUUAUGAGAAGUCAUAUAUUUUUACUUCUUCCAGUAAAUCUGGUGGAUUUGGGAUGUGUUCUUUGCUAAGUGCAUCUGUCAAGUUGUAAAAACCAGCAAAUGUUAGCUGCAACAGUCAAUAUUCAAUUUUAGCUAUUAAUCACUGACACUUUUGUGUUCUUUUGGUGUAACUGAGUUUAUUCAGAGUCAUGUGAAAGUUCAAAUAUGAACUUUAGAAAUUGGAAUAUUUCUACUGGGUUUCUGAAGCAAAGACUCAUCAUGAAGCUGUGUUACCAGCAGCAUUUUUUUUAAGUCAAGGCUGAGGGUUUUGAUGGACAGACUAAUGCACCCACAUUAGUAUAGUAUGGGUUAGCAUAAUAGGUUAUUAUUAAAACCAUUUGUGUAUCUAAAAAUGGAAAUGAAAGGAAAAAGAAAAGUAGAUUAUUUUAAACUAUAAGUGAAAGUAGGGGAGCUUGUUAGUAAAUGAACCUGUGGUUUGGAAGCUGGUUGUUUUGGCUCACUUGUCUACAUGAGAAAAGGCUCUGACAAUGAUAACUGGCUUGUUAUUUUAAUGGCUGUAAAACAUGAGGUAAAUUGGAGGAAGAGGAGGGCUGGAAUUUGAGGGGAGAAGAGUAUGUGCUACUAAAGUUUGACAUGGUUGGGGAAAGAAUCCAUGCCAAGAAGCAUUUCAAGGAAAACAUCAGUCUUUCAUUCUGUUAAUUCAGUUGCUUUGUGCCACAGGUAUCCUCUGACCAAUUACACGUUUGGCACAAAGGAGCCCCUGUAUGAGAAGGACAGUUCGGUGGCAGCUCGGUUCCAGCGCAUGAGGGAGGAGUUUGACAAGAUUGGCAUGAGGCGGACGGUGGAAGGAGUUCUGAUUGUGCAUGAGCACAGGCUGCCCCACGUGCUCUUACUGCAGCUGGGUACAACUUUUUUCAAGCUACCUGGUGGUGAACUCAAUCCAGGAGAAGAUGAGGUAGAAGGGCUCAAACGCUUAAUGACAGAGAUACUGGGUCGUCAGGAUGGUGUUCAGCAAGACUGGGUGAUUGAUGACUGCAUUGGCAACUGGUGGAGACCAAACUUUGAACCUCCCCAGUACCCAUAUAUCCCAGCUCAUAUUACAAAGCCAAAAGAACACAAAAAGCUUUUUUUGGUCCAGCUUCAAGAAAAGGCUUUGUUUGCAGUCCCCAAAAAUUACAAGCUGGUUGCUGCACCAUUGUUUGAGCUCUAUGACAAUGCACCAGGAUAUGGACCUAUUAUUUCCAGCCUUCCUCAACUUUUGAGCAGGUUCAACUUUAUUUACAACUGAAUUCCUAUGUACCUGAAGACUCCAGUAGAAGAAGCCGUCUCUGUGAGCACAGCUUUGAACUGUAGAGACACGAAUAUGUGUGACACAAGGAUUUUUUUAAGUCAUUCUCUUCCUGAAGGCCACUAAACAUUCUAUGGUAUGAACAGAGAAGUGAAUCUCAACUGUUUAGCUAGAGAGAUGGCAAUGGGCUACCAGUGUUAUAAUCCCUUUUCAUUGUAAUACUCACCAAUUUUUUGUUUUGUACAACAUUAAACAAUAUGGUUAAGAUUC